ACUUAUUGUGUUUCUAACUCACUGUUCUCUUCUCAGUGUCUGAGCUGAGGGUUGUUCUGCUGGGGAACAGCUGGUCUGAGAGGAGUUCAGUGGGGAACUUCAUACUGGGAGAGACUGAGUUCAACACUGAGGAAGAACCAGAUCACUGUCUGAGAGUCAGAGGACGGAUGAAAGAGAAAGAAAUAGUUCUGAUCAACACUCCAGAUCUGCUGCUCCCCAACAUCUCUGAAGACAAACUAAGAGAACAUGUAGAAAACUGUGAGAGACUCUCUGAUCCUGGACCUCAUGUGUUCCUGCUGGUUCUACAGCCUGAAGACUUCACUGAGGAACUCAAAGUGAAGCUCUGCAGAGUCCUGAAACUCUUCAGUGAUCAAUCAUUUGAUCAUUCAUUGAUACUGAUAUCAACAUCCAGAGAGGAGAGUUCAGCUUUCAUGGAGAAAGACCAGCCCUUAAAAGACAUGAUCAGAAUGAGUAGAUACAGAUAUCUGUGGCAGAAGAACCUUGAACGUCCAGAACUUUUAACACGUUUGGUUCAAAUUGUAAAAGAGAACAAUGGAGAACACGUUAGCUACGAUGUUUUUGAGGACACAGUAUCUACUUUACCAGGUGAUGGUCAAAGUCGGAAACAGAAGGAAAAACAGACUCCGAUCACAGAUGCUGUUAAAUCUGCUGGGCUGCAUGUUAUUCCAAUCAGUCCACAACCUUCACUCUCAGAGAAAACCCUUCAGACUCACACAUCUGAACUCAGGAUUGUGAUGUUUGGAAAAAGCGAGGACAAAAAGACAACACUAUGCAAUUUCAUCAUUGGGAACAAAAAGUUUAAAUUCAACAAAAUAAACCCAAACAAGCACUGUGAGGUCACCCAUGGUCAGUGGAGAGAACAUCCUCUAACAGUGGUGAAAACUCCAGACAUCUUCAAACUGUCUGAGGAAUCAAUCAGAGAAGAGAUGAAGAGCUGUGUGACUCUUUGUUCACCUGGACCAAAUGUUCUGCUGCUGUUAGUGAAGCCUUCUGAUCUCACUGAGGAGAACAGACAGACACUGAAGUUCACCCUGAGUUUGUUUGGUCGAGAUGCUUUUAAACACUCAAUGGUCAUCAUGACACAUGAUGAGAGAGAAACAAGUUCCUGUGUUCAUCAGCUCCUUAAAGACUGUGGAGAGAGAUGGUACAGCAUGUCUGCAGAUGACCAUAGAUCACUAAUGAAGAAGAUUGAGAACAUUGUGCGUGAAAACAAAGGAACCUUCCUCACCUUCACUGAAGAGAUGAAACCAUCCUUAAACCUGGUUCUGUGUGGGAGGACAGGAUCAGAGAAGACCUCAGCAGCCAAGGCCAUUUUAGGUCAGACAGAGCUUCAUUCAGUCUCCAACUCAUCAGAGUGUGUUAAACAUCAGGGAGAGGUGUGUGGACGUUGGGUUUCUGUGGUGGAGCUGCCUGCCUUGUAUGGAAAACCUCAGGAGGCAGUGAUGGAGGAAUCUCUCAGGUGUAUCUCCCUCUGUGAUCCUGAGGGCGUCCAUGUCUUCAUCCUGGUCCUACCUGUGGGUCCCCUCACUGAUGAAGACAAGGGAGAGUUACAGACCAUCCAGAACACAUUCAGCUCUGCAGUCAAUGACUUCACCUUCAUUCUGUUCACUGUGGAGUCAGAUCCUAAAGCUCCAGCUGUUGUUAACUUUAUAAACAAAACCAAGGAGAUCCAGGAUCUCUGUCAGAGCUGUGGAGGAAGAUAUGUUGUUCUCAACAUCAAGGACCAGCAGCAGAUCCCAGAGCUGUUGGAUUCUGUGGAAAAAAUAAGACUGAAACCCGACCACACCGAACCAUGUUGUUACACAACAGAAAUAUUUGCACAUGCCCAAAUAAAAAAGAUCAGCGCACUACAGACUGAACUGAAGAACCUCAGUACACAAAGCAAAGUCACCUGUGAUGAAGAGAAGCAGAGCCCAGAGUGUCUCAGGAUUGUGCUGAUAGGAAAGACUGGCAGCGGAAAGAGCUCCUCAGGAAACACCAUUCUAGGAAGAAAGGAGUUCAGAGCUAAAGCAUGUUCGACAUCAAUCACCAAACGUUGUCAGAAAGCAGAGAGUGAAGUGGACGGUCGUCCCGUCGUCGUGGUCGACACUCCUGGUCUGUUUGACACAACUUUGUCCCAUGAAGAGGUUAAUGAGGAGAUGGUGAAAUGCAUCAGUCUUCUGGCUCCUGGACCACAUGUCUUCCUGCUGGUGUUACAAAUUGGCAGAUUUACACCAGAGGAAAAGGAGACAUUAAAACUCAUCAAGGAGGGCUUUGGGAAAAACGCUGAAAAGUUCAUCAUCAUUCUUUUAACUGGAGGAGAUUCACUGCAGGAGGAAGAGCAGACCAUUGAUGAGUACAUUGAAGGAUGUGAUGAUUCUUUAAAGAAACUGAUCGCUGACUGUGGAGGAAGGUUCCAUGUGUUUAAAAACCGCGAGAAACACAACAGAAUGCAGGUCAGUGAGCUGAUCACCAAGAUUGACACCAUGGUGAAGACUAAUGGAGGCGACUGCUACACUAAUGAGAUGCUGCAAGAGGCCGAGACUGCUAUCAAGAAAGAAACGGAGAAGAUCCUGAAGGAGAAAGAAGAAGAGAUGCAGAGAGAGAGGGAGGAACUUAAAAGAAAACAUGAAGAAGAAAUGCAGGCAAUGAAAAGAAGGAUGGAAGAACAGAGAGCAGAAACUGAACACGAGAGAAAACUGAGAGCAGAACAACUUGAGGAAAAGGAGGAAUACAUCAAAAAGGCACAUGAAGAGAGAAGGAAAGAACAGGAAAUGAGAGAAGAAGAAGACAGGAAGAGAAAACAAGAGGAAGAAAAACUACGACUGGAGUGGAAACAGAAAGUUGAAGCUUUGGAACAAAAAAUAAGAUUAGAGGCAGAAUCAAAGGACAGAAAGCUGGAGGAGAAUAGAGAGAUGAUGAGACAACAACGAGACAACUGGGAGACAAAACAAAAAGAAUGGUGGAUAAAACGAGAUCAAGAAAAUGAACAGAGACGACAGGAAGAAGAAACAAAACUUAGAGAGCUUCAAGAAAAAUUCGAUCAAGAAAGAGAAAAAUAUGAACAGAAAAGAAAAGAAGAGGACAGAAUCAGAAAAGAACAAGAGGAAAAAGAGAGAAAAGACAUGGAGGAAGAACAGAGAGCAGAAAUCGAAAAGGAGAGAAAACUGAGAGCAGAACAACUUGAGGAAAAUGAGAAAAAGAUAAAGAAGGAAUGUGAAGAGAGAAGGAAAGAACAGGAAAUGAGAGAAGAAGAAGACAGGAAGAGAAAACAAGAGGAAGAAAAACUACGACAGGAGUGGAAACAGAAAGUUGAAGCUUUGGAACAAAAAAUAAGAUUAGAGGCAGAAUCAAAGGAAACCAUCGACAGAAAGCUGGAGGAGAAUAGAGAGAUGAUGAGAAAAGAACGAGACAACUGGGAGACAAAACAAAAAGACUGGUGGAUAAAACGAGAUCAAGAAAAUGAACAGAGACGACAGGAAGAAGAAACAAAACUUAGAGAGCUUCAAGAAGAAUUCGAUCAGGAAAGAGAAAAAUAUGAAAAGAAAAGAAAAGAAGAGGACAGAAUCAGAAAAGAACAAGAGGAAAAAGAGAGAAAAGACAUGGAGGAAAAACAGAGAGCAGAAAUCGAAAAGGAGAGAAAACUGAGAGCAGAACAACUUGAGGAAAAUGAGAAAAACAUAAAGAAGGAAUGUGAAGAGAGAAGGAAAGAACAGGAAAUGAGAGAAGAAGAAGAAGACAGGAAGAGAAAACUAGAGGAAGAAAAACUACGACUGGAGUGGGAACAGAAAGUUGAAGCUUUGGAACAAAAAAGAAGAUUAGAGGCAGAAUCAAAGGACAGAAAGCUGGAGGAGAAUAGAGAGAUGAUGAGAAAAGAACGAGACAACUGGGAGACAAAACAAAAAGACUGGUGGAUAAAACGAGAUCAAGAAAAUGAACAGAGACGACAGGAAGAAGAAACAAAACUUAGAGAGCUUGAAGAAAAAUACAAACAGGAAAAAGAAAAACAUGAAAAGAAAAGAGACGAAGAGGACAGAGUCAGAAGAGAACAAGAGGAAAAAGAGAGAAAAGACAUGGAGGAGGAUCAUAAGAAAAACAUGGAGACUCUGAAGAAGACAUAUGAAGAGGAAGCCAGAAAGAAAGCUGAGGAGUUUAAUGAAUUUAAAGACAAACACAAACCAAUAAAGGAAAAACAUCGAGGCAAGAUCUCUGACUUAGUGAAAUGUCUCACCAAAGACCCUAGAAAUCUGACACAAAUAACAGAAUUAUUGAAUAAACAUGAAAACGAAAUGAAGACUGUGACAGAUGAGAAGGCUAAAACAAGUCUACAGGAAGAACAUGAAAAACAACUAAAUGACCUUAUACAGAAACUUCUGCAACAAGAUGACAAAUGGUGUUACAUUUUAUGAUGAUAUGUUUUAAGAAGACAUUAUAACAGCUGUAUGAGAUGUGUUUAUUUUUCUUCUAGUUUCAUUUGGUUUUUAAUAACUUAAACUAUAAAGCAGCAAAGAGAUUUCAUUGUAAUAUUUUACAGAGGUCUACACUGUAAUGCAUACCAUGGCCACAGGCAUACUUCUCAUUGGCUGACAGGUGUCUAAAUCAGCAGGAAUGUUUAUUGCAGCAAGCAGCAUAAAAACACAAAAUCAAUAAAUGGAACAUUAAUUCUGUCAGAAAUAAGAGGGUAAUGAUAAAAGGCCACAAAAGCAGCAACACGAAGAAAUAAGUUAAGAAAAAUAAAAUGCUAAGCAGUGUGUGGAACCAAGAGGCAGUUUUUAGAUGAAGUACCCUUAUUGCACCUGAUAAACUUUAAGUCUAUCAGGUGCAAUAAGGGCUUUUUCCUGAUCUUAAUCGCGUUCGAGGGACAGAGGUCAUCAUUUGCUUCAGAGAUCAUGAAGCAACUUGACUCCAAUUUUUGAUUUGUGAUAUUGUGCUAUAGAAAUAACAUUGGCUUGACUUAAUACAAGAAAACUUCACCUCGUUUUUGGAAACCUGUAUCUCUGACUUUAGGGUGAGGAUCUAAAGAUACAUAGGACUUUUAAUCAGGUUGAGUUAUUUUUACAGACAACAUUAUGUCAGUGACGUUACGACACUGAAUCACACAUACACAUACAUUCGCAACUUUCACCACAAGUUACAACGUUAACCACAAGCGUUUACGUUAAUCACGUGCAAACUUUCAGCGCCAAGAAACUUCGCAAAAGACUGGUGUCUUCUGCCCAAGCGGCAAAAUUAGUAGGCAUGAGAACACGUUGCAAUGUCUGCCUAUGAAAUUGAAAAAUGCACAAAAGAACCCACAAUAUGACAAAUACAAAAAAAACAUUCAAAGUAGUAUCAGAUAUACCAACCCAUUGCAGAUGUCUAUUUAUUAUGCCAUACACUCUAUCAAAAGCUGCACUUAAGUCGUGUAAAAUCACAGCUGCAAAUCCUGACUGAAAGGCUCAUGAAAGGGAACAAAUGAGUGGUGGGGCAAAAGAGAUCGGGAAAAUAAACAGAAAGAACGUACAGCACUUGAAACUUGAGCAGGAAAAGGAAAAAUAUGAAAACAACAGAAAAGAAGAGGAUAGAAUCAGAAGAGAAAAAUUAGGAAAAAUGUGAAAAGAAUUGGAGGGAAACUUUGAGAAAUC